GGGGCCUGCUGGCGGAAGGGGAAGUGGGGGGGGGGGGGCGGUGGCAGGCGACGGUGGGGAAGAUGGCGUACCAGAGCCUGCGGCUGGAGUACCUGCAGAUCCCACCGGUCAGCCGCGCCUACACCACGGCCUGCGUCCUCACCACCGCCGCCGUGCAGUUGGAAUUGAUCACACCUUUUCAGUUGUACUUCAAUCCUGAAUUAAUCUUUAAACACUUUCAAAUAUGGAGAUUAAUCACCAAUUUCUUAUUUUUUGGGCCAGUCGGAUUCAAUUUUUUAUUUAACAUGAUUUUUCUAUAUCGUUACUGUCGAAUGCUAGAAGAAGGCUCUUUCCGAGGUCGGACAGCAGACUUUGUAUUUAUGUUCCUUUUUGGUGGAUUCUUAAUGACCCUUUUUGGUCUGUUUGUGAGCUUAGUUUUCUUGGGCCAGGCCUUUACAAUAAUGCUCGUCUACGUGUGGAGCCGAAGGAACCCCUAUGUCCGCAUGAACUUCUUCGGCCUUCUCAACUUCCAGGCCCCCUUUCUGCCCUGGGUGCUCAUGGGCUUUUCCUUGUUGUUGGGGAACUCAAUCAUUGUGGACCUUUUGGGUAUUGCAGUUGGACACAUUUAUUUUUUCUUGGAAGAUGUAUUUCCCAAUCAGCCUGGUGGAAUAAGAAUUCUGAAAACACCAUCUAUUUUGAAAGCUAUUUUUGAUACACCAGAUGAGGAUCCAAAUUACAAUCCACUACCUGAAGAACGGCCAGGAGGCUUCGCCUGGGGUGAGGGCCAGCGCCUCGGAGGUUAAAGCAGCAGUGCCAAUAAUGAGACCCAGCUGGGAAGGACUCAGUGCUACCCACUGGGAUUCUUUUAUCCUUUGUUGCAAAAGUGUGGACACUUUUGACAGCUUGGCAGAUUUUAACUCCAGAAGCACUUUAUGAAAUGGUACACUGACUAAUCCAGAAGACAUUUCCGACAGUUUGCCAGUGGUUCCUCACUACACUGGUACUGAAAGUGUAAUUUCUCGGAUCCAAAAAACUGGAGAAACAAAUAUCCUGCCACCUCUCCCAAGUACAUGAGUACUUGAUUUUUAUGGUAUAAGGCAGGGCCUUUUCUUCCUCUUGAUAGAUGAGGCCAUGGUGUAAAUGGAAGUUUCAGAGAGGACAAAAUAAAACUGAAUUCCAUUUUUCUCUCACUGUAUUAAAGCUUUUGUGUGUGAUCUUUUAAAUUCUGAUAAUGUAUUGUAGCUCUCCUGCGUAGAUCUGAGCUCAGAACAGUUUACACAGCUGUUCUUCUGUGUCUUCACAACUUUUAACUGGAUUUCAUUUCAGGAUUGGAACUGCGUGGCUGCCAUGCUGUGGUUGUAUACAUCUUACUAAUUCAGAAUGCAAGAGUCACCAGGAAGAUGAUUUAUUUCUGUCAUCUGGAUAGGUUGUUUCCAUCUGGGUUUUGCAAAACUUUGUCAGACAACGUGGGAAAAAAAGCAGGGAGGAUGCUUCUUGUAGCAGUAGGAAUUCAGCUGUAGGAAAGUCAGCUGUAAGCUAAUGAGGGUGCAAGUUCCCAGUGGCAGGAUGCCCUGCUGUGCGACUACACUGUGUCCCGAGCAGUGGUCAUUUCAGUCACCUCUCAUCGGUUUGACCAGCCCUACAACCACCAUGCCUAGCCAUGUGUUGCUUGACAGCAGACCUGUGCUGGAAUGGACAUAAGGAAAAGUCCUUCCUUUCCCCCCAGUUUACCUCUCAAUCUUAGUUCUUCCAGAACACACUUCCCUUUCCCAAUGCAAAUAAACUAAAAGUGAGAUUUGCUACAUGGACUUUUGUGACCAACUAACCUUACACAUCAUUUGAGGGGUUCCUGGAUUCUUCCGGUAAUACUGAAAAGCACACUUGACUAAAGCAUAGUGUUUUUUGUUUGUUAUGGAAAUACGGUAUCCGUUCAUUUAAAAAUAAAUGGACAUACAAAUUUCAUCUCCUUAGGAGAUACAUUUUAUAUACAUUGCGGUGCGUUUUUUCCAGUAUGGAUUUCUAUUUGUUUCUCUCUUCCAUUUGUUUUUUCUAUGUCACUCUUGUAUGUCCUCAUAUCUUUCAUACCUCUUGUGUACUCUCUAGAAGCAGAACACCCAAGUCCUGGGUCUGGAUAAUGAAACCCUCUGUCUCCGGGGCCUCUGAAAAUAAGGAAGCAUUGGAGCUAUUGCCAUGUUGAGUAAUGGGCUUCCUAGAACUAUUGUCAUCUAUCCUGCCAGGGUUUUAUGUUGUAGCGGUUUUUCUUUGACAGGUGAAUUCCAACUAUGUCGUUAGUCAUGAUCCUGCCAUUAUUUUCUGUGUUCUGUAGGAUGUCUCCAGGCUACUUAAACAUAUUUUAUGAGUUUGCAAUAAAAUUGUUGAAUCUUGUAUGAUCAAGUCACUCCUCUGCUCAGAAAUCCACAGUGACUUCUUAGUAAACCCCUAUAUUAUAUGCAUACUUGUUUUUUUCUUAACUUGACUUCCACUUCUACCUAACAGGGACCUCAACUUAAGUCUCUUCAGUUCUUCCAGGCCUGGCCUUGUUCCUGAUUCCUCAAAAAAUCUUGACUCUAAGGCCUAUUUUAUUGUCUGUCUCUGAAUCCCUAUAAAGCUUCAAGUCUGUAUGACAUUCUUACGCCAAAUUAUAUAUUGUCUUGUACUGUUCCUAGCUGGUACAUGUAUAUUAGUCUUGUCUCCCUCAUGAGAAUGUAAGCUCCUUAAGGGCAGGAACCAUGUCUUAAUUUUUGUAUCCACCACAGUGCCUAGCACAGUGCUUGGCACAUGGGUGCUGAAUAAAUACCUUUGUUUAUUGAUCA